AUGAUGCAAUCUUUUGAGGGGAAAAAACUUGAAACUAUAGAAUGCAAUCUUAUAAGAGGAGUUUUUAAAAGGAAAUUAAAAGAUUGGUAGGAUAAAUUGAAGAAGCAGAAUUCUAAGAUGACUCUACUUUAAAGGCUUUAAACCAAAGACCCAACAGAAGAUGAUGCUUAAAUAUUAAGUGAUAAAAAAAGAAAGAAUUAAAAUUUUUAAAGAUAAAAUUCGAGUAAACAGACUUAAAGAUUUAAUGAUUCAGAUAAUGGUUAGAUUAAGCUUACAAGUGGGGAUGGUGAUGAUAAUGAAAAUAUAACACUAGCAUAAUUAACAAAUCAAUGCAAAGAAGAUAUCUCUCUAGCUAAAAAGUACUAAAAAUAUUCAAGAGCCAAUUUAUGA